AUGCAGAACGAGAAAUAUCGGCAAGCCGUGGAAAAAUUCAUAGCAGAAGUUGACAAGGAUAAAAAUGGAAAAGUAUCGCUACAAGAAGUACUUGCACUCUGUCCCGAUGAGGAGUACCAAAGGACGACAAAACAGUACUUCAGCAAAUAUGAUUUGAACAAAGACGGUGAACUGGACUCCAGUGAAUUGUACAAAUUGCUGGAAACCUGUUUCAAAGGGAAAUGA